UGACAUGAUCCUGAACGUCAUUCAGGCACAUAGUAGGCAAUGUCGCGAUGCCAUGCGCACGCGCGGACGAGUUUAGUGAACACAUCGGGCGCCAUUGACUAGUGGAGUUAGUUGUGCGCUGUUAUUAUAAGUGGGAAGUGUUGUACAGAGCUGAGAAGCUGGUCCCCUGGAGGAGUCAAGUUUAACCUCAAUGUACGCAUCCCCACGUGUUUUACCUCAGCUGGCUCCACUUGUGUUUUUCAGCUUGCUCAGCCUACCUUGCGUAUGGUCUGUCAUUGUACCUGCCUGGAGAGUGCUCAUGGGCGCAUUCGGAGCGUUUCACCGAUACUCGCAGUUCAAAGGGGUUCAGUGCCAUUCAUUGAGGUGCUCCUAUUUGUGUUUUCCCUGACACCUCGUCAGGCGAGCUUCGACCGGACCGCGGGCCACCAGGCUGCGCCUGGCGGCCAGGUUGGGGAGGCGAAGGCACCCCCGGCAGCGGCUGGCGCAGGCUACAACCAGCUGCCCAGCCUGGUGCAGGAGGGAGGCUACCCAGGUCGCGGUGGGCACACGGCGCAGGCGGACAUGGGAAGAGCGCCCCACGCUCCCCAGCCGCCGCCGCCGCCGUCUCAGGCACCCCAGGUGCCGCCCGCGCAGCCGCCUGCCCCGCAGG